UCAGAAGAACUAAACUCAACAUCUGAUCACCCUUGCUGCUGCUGAACCGACUCUCAGGAGGAGAUUCAUUUCAGGAUUCUCUGCGACCUGCAACCUGCAGUCAUGGGGCUCUUCAAGUCUAUAUGUGCGAUUAUAACCAGAGCCUUGUUUGUCCUGGUCUCUCUGAUCGGCGUGUGGAGGGUGACAUCGGAGAAGAAGGACAACACGUACUGGUUCCUAACUUUCCUCUUUCUGCCGCUUGUCGUGGAAAUGAUAGUAACGCUGAAGAGACAAAGUGGACGUGAUUACAAAUGGUUUUCCCCGCCUAUCUUACUGUUUCUUAUCAGCAUCAUUCCCACCAUUUGGAUCCUGGAGCUCCCAGACCAGACGGAAAAUGUCAGCGACCAGCCGUGCAAAAAGCUUGACUCCUGGGAGAAUAUGCGUAAGCUGUUGACCCCGAACAGGACCGUGGGAAAUGAAACAAACCCCGACGCCUUGAUGUUCUUUAACCAGAUGUUAACGACUGUCUGCUCCAACGAUUGGAUCUUGGGUCUUCAUCAGACCAUGCUCCUCCUCCUCAUCGUGGGGAAGUGGGUCCUCCCACUGGGGGGCGGAGUCACACGUGACGAGCUCUCGCAGCUUCUCCUAAUUUUCGUUGGCACUGCGGCAGACAUCCUUGAAUUCACUUGUGAGACACUGUCUGAUGUCAAAGCGAGCCAUCCUAAACUGGUCUACAUAAUUUUAGCUGUAUGGACUUGGAGCAUGUUGCAGUUCCCGCUACAUCUGGCUGUGGUGAACACAAAGCCAAGGAAUGAUUGUGAGGAGGGGUCUCAGGAAGUGACCAUGUUAAGCAAACAUAGCACAGACUUGUGGACUAUCGCACAGGCUUUGUUUAUCCAAGACGGGCCUUUCCUGGUGGUCAGGCUCACUGUCAUGAUCUACUUCCACGUCUUCCACCAGAUGCUGGGCUUCUUCGCCAUCAAGAACUUCCUGGUGGUCAUACUGAACUUGUACAGGUUGGUUGUCUUAUGUCAGGACUCCAGGGCUGCAGUCAAAUAGUC